CCGACACCUCACCUUCCCGACAAACUUCACUGCCUCCAACUCUUCAAUCUUACUCCUUCCCGAAGUUCCGCCUUCUUCGCUCGGUCCAAUUCCUACUCCCCGAGAAUUACGAAGGUCCCGCCAAUCCCCGCCACUACCUAGCGGGUAAAUUGCUUACGCGCACUCCCCGAGCUCCUCUCGCUUUAUACCCGAGCUCAAGCUCAAGCUCGCGCCUUAGAGCCCCAAGCUCCAUCCCUCGGGAAAUAUAGCUGCGCAGAUCAGAUCCCCCACACGCCUCCUACCCCUCCCUCGAAAUUACCCCGACUUUCGUCUCCGCAUUCAUCAUGUCGUCCGGUUUCGUGUCAGCCGGGACGAACGAGGAGCCCGUGGAGCGUGAUGAUGCCUGGAUUAGGGCGCAGAAAGAGCUAGAGGAGGAGCGACGGCUUAAAGCCGAGGCUGGACAGCAGAAGGAUGGGAAGAGUCUGUUCGAGGUGCUACAGCAGAACAAAAUGGCGAAACAAGAACAGUUCGAAGAGAAGAUCCGGCUAAAGAACCAAUUCCGCGCGCUGGAUGAAGACGAAAUUGAUUUUCUAGAUUCGGUGCUGGAGUCCACUCGCGCCCAGGAAGAGGCCGUGAAGAAGGAUACGGCCGAUCAGCUGGAGGUCUUCCGGAAGCAGCGCGAGGAGGCGGAGAAGGCGAUGUUGGGGUCUACCGCAUCGGAUGUGACCCCUGCGCCUGCGGAGGAGGAGGACUGGGCUAUCCCUGCGAGGAAGAGGAGGAGGGACAAGGGGAAGGAUGCGUUAAUUCCGGGGAAGAAGCGUAAAGCUUCGCUGACCGAGAGUGGCGUGGCUACGGCGAAGAAUGAGGUAGCAGCUACCAAGGCUACGUCUACGCCUGUGACCAACACUUACAGCCCAACGACGGCUGUAAAUGCUGUCAAGGGUGUAUCGGAGACCAAGGCACUUUCGAGUAUACCAGAAACGACUACGACGGAUACUAAGCAGCCCGCUAAACCAGCACCGGCCGCGCUGGGACUGGUAGGAUAUGGAUCAGACUCGGAUUCAGAAUGAAUAUGUAUUAUAUCUCAACGAGCAACAGUCUUAUUCCACACAUGGGUUUCCUCAAUCCAACACCGCCCUCCCAUUCCCUUCCUUCUUCAGAACAAUCCCAACUCAAACUCCCACUUCCCAACGACCUCUCCCCCCCCCCUUUUUAAUCAUAAUGCACCGCAUUCUGCUUAACCUCCUGCUCCUCAACCUUCCUCUCCAAGUCAUGCGGCAAAUAAUCCUCCUUCUUACUUCCCGGCACAAACCACGGCGCAUGCGAGAACAUAUAGUUCAUCUCCUCGAGUGGCACCUUCUUGGUCUCGGGCAACAAGAAAUAAAAGAAGACCGCAUUCGUGAAAUUACAAAUCACGAACAAAAAGUAAUACCGAUACUUGAUGUUUUCCAUCGCAAUAGGCGUCACCUGACCGAUCAUCGUAUUGAACGCAAACGAGACAGCCGUCGCGAUAGAGACACCCUUGGAUCGAGUCCGGGUAUCAAAGACCUCGGCGGGAAUAAUCCAGGACAACGGGC